UCACAAUAACUGGAUUUCCAGACAGGAAAAUUUCCUGAAAGGUAUUAACCCUAAGUCCUAGUUUCAAAUGUCUAAGCCCAGUAUGUCAGCAUUUAAAGGGUGUCCGUGAGCCUUAGUCCCUUACACCCAAUGAAUGCACACACUUGCACGUUUAUUUCAUAUUUAUUAUAUACACGACACAUAAUAUAACGAUUAAGGGUAAUACAACACUCAAUUCAUGCUUUUUAAACCCAAGUGAAAGUAUUUAAGUUCCGUCCUUCCUAACUACCACUGACUAAACACACGAAAGACCAUGCUGUUUCCGUUGACAUUAAGUUCGACCUACAAAUGUUUCCGUCGCUGCUGUUGUAUCAGCAUGGCGUCGUCAAUGUCAUCAGUGUUUAGACUUCUUCAGCUGCGGUGUUUAGCAGGUUCUUUAUCUGUACCUGUAAGGUCAUUGAGAGCUUCUUCAUGGUGGCUGGCAGAGAACCAAACCCAAGACACGCAACUCAUCACAGUCGAUGAGAAAUUGGAUAUUACAGCUUUAACUGGUGUUCCAGAAGAACAUAUCAAAACAAGAAAAGUGCGAAUAUUUGUCCCAGCAAGAAAUGCAAUGCAGUCUGGAAUUAACAAUACCAAAAAGUGGAGAAUGGAGUUUGACACUAGGGAACGUUGGGAAAACCCUUUGAUGGGCUGGGCAUCGACGGCCGACCCUUUGUCCAACAUGGUUCUAAAUUUUACCUCCAAAGAAGAUGCCAUUUUCUUUGCAGAAAAGAAUGGUGCUAUGAGUGAAGAGAAACAGAGCACUAUUCCUACAUUAUACGAGUGCUGUCAUCAAAGUUUUGUAAAAUUACUUCAGUUUGCUGGAGAUGCAGUAAAGAUGUAA